CGUGCCCCGCCUUUACGCAGCCUGACCCGCCCCCUUUCCGGCUCGUAGAGUAUAAAACCCUCCGCAAUAGCCGCGAUUUUUUCUGCUGGUGCCACACCUCCUUUGCUGGAAGCGGUCACUUUUUCCUCGUGCUGUUCGCGAAGGCUGCGGAAAUGGCCUCUGGUAAAGCAUAUAUUGGAAAACCAGUUCCAGAUUUUCGUGCUACAGCAGUAGUGGAUGGCAACAUCAAGGAUAUAAAGUUAUCAGACUACAGAGGCAAAUAUGUGGUUCUAUUCUUCUACCCACUGGAUUUUACUUUUGUCUGUCCCACUGAGAUCAUAGCUUUCAACGAUCGAAUUGAGGAGUUUCGCAAGAUUAAUUGUGAGGUUAUUGCUGCUUCUGUCGACUCUCAGUUUACCCAUUUGGCUUGGACAAAUACAGGAAGAAAGGAUGGUGGCUUGGGUUCGACAAAUAUCCCACUUGUGGCAGACAUCAACCACAACAUUUCUAAGGACUAUGGUGUGCUCAAGGAAGACGAUGGCAUUGCAUACAGAGGUCUGUUCAUAAUAGAUGAUAAAGGCAUCCUGCGACAGAUCACAGUGAAUGACCUACCCGUGGGACGUUCUGUGGAUGAGACACUGCGCCUGGUUCAAGCCUUCCAAUUCACAGAUCAGCAUGGUGAAGUGUGCCCAGCUGGCUGGCAACCUGGCGGUGACACCAUCAAGCCCAAUGUGAAAGACAGCAAGCUUUUCUUUGCCAAGCAACAGUAGAUUUCUCCUUGUGUAUCUAUUACUGAAGUAAUCUGGUUUAAUGUAAAGGGAUUUCCAGUAAAUUCUCCACAAGAAAGAGAUUUAAGAGAUAGCUUGUCUAUAAAAGUUUGCUGCUCUAUAAGUAUUUGCCAAUAGAACUAGAUUAAAUGCAAAUGUCAGUUGGGCAUCUUCAUUCCUCAGUAAAAUCAUCAUUAAAGGAAGCCUGAUGGGUACCUUCUAA